UGAAGAACGAUCUGACUAUAUCGAGUGUAAGAUUUGUGACAUCAAGAUUCAGAGUAAGACCAAUUACAAGAUACAUCUGACCACUCCUCAACAUUUACAGGUAAAGGCGAUGGGUCUGGUGAGAGAGUGUAACACUGGUCCAGUGCCAGUUUUUAUUAAACGCCACUUUAUGUAGCUUGGGCUUUAAUCUUUAAAUUCAAAUGUGACAUCUGUAAUUAACAAAUAUGUGAAGAUUUCCCUCAUUGUUGCAUUUUCUCAAAUGCUCAGUUCUCAAAAUAUCAGGAUGUAUACUUGCAUGACUUCUUGAAAUUGGGCUGGUUUUUAAUUGGUUUUAUCGCCAGAAUAUGUUUUGUUGCCUUUUUAGACUUUUUUUAAAGUUGCAAGACUAUACUGAGUUUAAUCUCUUAAUAAACUCACAUCUUUAUUAUAAGGGUUCAUUGUGUGGUAAAUUAAUUCCAACCAGAAUCUUACUUUUUGAUGAAUAAAUCUCUUGAUCAGUUAUAAAAACAAAAGAUCUACAACAGCCGUGCUUCAUACUUUCUUCAUUACUUUUCUCCCUUGUCUUUUUUCCUCCCUUGACACAUUGUAAUUCAGGAAUAAGAGAAUGGGGUUACCUCAGCUUGAAGACUGGCCUGAAUUUGGGGCACCAGCGCAGUCUAGCAGUUUCUCAUAAAGAAGAUGCCCUUGUAGCUUGUGGCAAGAUCCGAAGACCAUAUGCUGUGCGAAAAUGGAAUGACUUGAUGGAAUACCUUGAUUAUCUCCACCUUGAUGAGCCUAUAAUUGGUUUACACCAUGUUGUUGAGGUUGACCCCAAGCAGCCUGGUGAUCCCCUGAGGUAUUUGUGCAGGCUGUGCUUCUUCGAGGAAGAGCUGCCAGGUCUUACUUUGCACCUGGUUAGUCGGAAACACAGACAGAGAUACUUGGAGACCAAUCGUCCUGACUUGGUAACAUGGGAUGCCAACAAUACUGCCCAGCUGGGGAAAAUCCUCAAAGCGAAAGCAGAGAUUGUGGUACUCCAGGAUGGUCAGGGGGUGAUUGAGCGGUCAAAGAAGAAAAUAUUGGAAACGCAACAAAAAGAGAAGCCUAGCUUUUUCAAAAAAACUCUUCAGAGUCUUGUAGGUAAGGAAGACCAAAGUAGACUGCCUCGUGGGAGUGACCGUGAUGGAGCAUCUUGUGAUGGGGAUCCCGAUAGGCAGUACAGACCUGACUGGGGUAGGUUCUCUCCUGAAGACAUGCGCAGAAGAGUGGAUUGGAAGGAAGACAUUGGUUCACUGUCACGUAUGGAUGAACGUGGUGGUCCGUAUGGUGCAAAAGACCUUGACAGACGUGAGUAUAACCAGAGAAGAUACCGUGAGGAUAUUGGUGAAAUACCCUUUGAGGAUGAUCAUCUAGAAGCUUAUCAUGGUGAACACCUCAGAAGACCAUACCGUGAAGAUGACCGCAGAGGUCCAUACUAUGACAAAGACAGACAUGGACCGUAUGGCCAUGAAGACCUUGGUAGGGGUUUCCAAGGAAAUGGAGAGAGACGGUAUCCUGAGAAUGAUUUUGACAGAAGGCAUUCUGGAGAUGUGGAUAGGAGAUAUUCUAGGGAUUCUGCCCCAGCGUAUCCUGAAGACCAUCACUACAGGAGGUAUCCUGAUGAGGGUGGCAAGAAGUAUUUUGACAGCGAGUCUUCAAGAAGGUUGGACAAGGUGGAACUGAUCAGUGAUUAUUCUGAACACGGUCGAAGUCCAGCCUAUAGCAGAGCUGCCCUGGGUAAAAGACAUCGGGAUGAUUUCCCAGCAGCCCCAGAGUUCGGUGCAGAAAGGAGCCACUUGGGUGGACGAGGACGGGAAGAUCACUUGGAACGAAGGCACACUCCCGAAGGACGCUCAAGAAGACCUCCUGAAUACAGCCCGGAAAGAAGAAGAAUUCCUGAAAGUACUUCUGCUAGGCGAGUUAUGGAACGGGACAAUUUUAAUGGGCUGCCUGAAGUCUUUAAACGCUACCUUUCGGAGAAGCCAGGUACCCAUGAAAUGAGAGCAGAAAGUGGAGGGUACAGAGAAGUCGUCCCUGAAGAUGGUCACAGAGGCAGUUUCCGUGGUGAUUCAGCCACUGGAGGCUUCCUGGCUAAAGGUCAAAGUGAAAGGAACAUGGAAGAGUUUUCCCAUAAAAGGCCAAGACUGGAUCCCCUGGCACACAAGCAGGGAACGUUAGCAAGUUACCACGAAACUCAAAAUCAAACUACAGUAAAUCCUAAUGCAGUUAAAGGAGAUGUUUUGGAGGCCCUGAAAAGCAUUGAAAUAGAAAGUAUUGAAGAUGCCACUUUUUUCAAAGAUAAAGUCUGUGAUCUUCUGAAGGAAUUUCAAGCAAAUAAGGCUACAGGAGUGACAAAGUCGCCGGUGAUUUCGAAAGAUUACAACCACAUGAGUAUGGACACAGGUGUACAUGAACGUGACCGAUAUGGAGGCCAUCCGGACUUUGAGCCCGUAGAAGCACCCCGUGGGUCCGGCGUGCCAUUGUACCGUCGGUCUGUUUCGGCGGAGCGCAAAUCUUCUGACCGGUGGUCGUACCCAGAGAGACUGCGGUACGCGCAGAAGGACCCGCAGCACCUCGGCAGAAGGCCGCCCGCUGAGAGGACAUUUUACCCACCGCGGCCUGCGCACACCGGCGAGUCCCUCAGAGGGGCACGGGGCUCCUGGGCGGAGGGCCGAAAGCCUGGCGAAAUGCCCCAAGGGAAGCAGUCGUCUUUAGAGAAAAUUACAUCGACGCUUUUAGAGCUCGUUUCACGAGGAACUAAAAUUUAAACCACCCUUUCAAGAGAAACUGUGAGCUGUCUUUGUUGUCCGAGCGACGUGAAGAAAUUAGAAGCUUUAGGUUAGUGCUUUGUGCAAUCGGGUCUUUUGAAUCUAAGGGUUUCUCAGUCCCCUGUGGUAAAGUGAGGUAUUCUGUUAAUCCCUGAAAUGUGUUUUUUGUCAGAUUUAUUUUCAGUUUGGAAUUGCCAAGUGUGUGUAUAUCUCAGCUUCUGCACUGAUCUCUGUCCCCACAUGGGAUGUAAAGACUCCUCCAUCCACUUCAGCCUGCUGAGUCGCCCCUUAUUUCAUGAGCGGAUGGGAGAGAAGGUGCUCCACUAACUGGGGCCCCUGUGAGCCUGCUGUUGCCUGGGAAGUCAUUUCUCUGUGGACUGAGAAAUCCUUGUCUGAAUAAUCCGAAGCCUGAGCCGUUUGUGUGGCACCAGUCGGAGGAGCGUGCUCACAGUGGGCUAGUGACAUCACCCAGCCUGUGACCUGCAGUUUAAAGUGUAUUAAAAGCUCCUUUCGAUUAUAUUUCUGCAGUUUCAGAUUUUGUAACACCAUGAGUUUGUGCUAGUAUAAAUUGUAUACACACCACUUGUCAUAAUGGUACAGCUAAAAUAGGGCUGUAAAUAUAUAUAUUUACAAACCUCA